AUGCCGAGGAAGGGGAGGCGUUCCCAGGCGGCGAAGCUGCGAUGGAGGAAGCUCGACCAGGCAGAGUCCCCACCGGAUGGUGGGUCAAGGACCAUGGAGACCCAACCCCCCUGCUCCCGAUCUCCAGUUAACAGCAUCUUUGGAACAUCACUCCCAGGUGCACAGUUCUGGAGAUUGGAUGAUGUGCGUGCCGACUUUCGUGCACGCCGCGGUACUGGCUACCGCCACAGAGUGCUGCCAUGGCCAGUUUCAGCCUUCACUGGGCACAGACACAAAUUGGUCAUGCCACCUGAGUCUCCUGACAAGAAGUUUGUUCUGAUUGUCGGAGACUCCCAUCUACGAGCCAUUGUAGAUGGUUUGGUCCAGAUGCCAGAGGAACCCUUUUCCUUUGGCUUCAUGUCGACCCCAGGGGCUGCUGCCUCUGCCCUGCGGACCGAGGUGCUGAAUGCUGUGGUUCCUCGGAUCCCUGACGCCGUUUGUCUUUUGGCGCCUAGCAACAACCUGACAGCCAGCAGGACCAUCGAGGAGGCUGCCGCCGACUACACCAAGCUCCUCAUCGGCAUUCGCAGCCGCUGGCCCAACGUUUUUGUUGUUGACUUCCCUCCCCGCCUGAACUGUGAAGUGUCUUACCAGGACCUCCUUCGUCAGGAAUACCACCGUGUUUCAGCACGCAUGGGUGUGCGGUACUUCUCAGCUGUGGAGUACUUCCCCCAUGACCGGCUGCAGCUGUGGAGCAGUGAUGGUGUCCAUCUGAGCGAUCAUGAUGGGAUGGGGAUCCUCGUCCAUUUGCUGUGGUCAGCCACCAUGCAGCAACUGGAGACACCACCACCAGCACCCCAGGUCUCUCCCAGGCCUUCACCACCAGUUAGGAAAUUCUCUCCUAAACUGGUUGUGAGGGGAGAGGCCCCCGCUCCACGGUCACCUGACCCCUUUCAGUGGCAGCCAGCCAGUCAUUGCCGCAAGACGAGCCAGCCUGGUGAACCUUCCAAGUCCAAGGGUUCAGCCCAGACCAGGAUGGCUCAGCAGCAGGUGGAGGAGUGCUUCUUUCCACUGAACCCAGUCUGGUUCAGCAGCACAGCAUUAAGUGCUAUGGAGGAAGUGUCUCCUUCUCAUCUGUCUUGCCCAGUGGACUGCCAGACCCCUCCAAAGCACAAGAAGGUGGCCAGACGACCUGAGGCCACAGCCAGACCCCACCGCAGGUCUCCAGUGAGCAACGUGGACAGACGACCUGAGACCACAGCCAGACCCCACCGCAGGUCUCCAGCAGUGAGCAACCUGGUUCGAUCACCCCCAACCAGAAUGUCCUUGAGUUUGGGUGAUGAAGCAACCCCCUGCUGUUCACCGGCUGCAAAGGUGGCCAGGAUCAAGACACCUUCACCAACCGUGCCAUCCUGGACCAUUACAGACACAGGCUGCGACCACCCCUCCCCAGCUAAGCUAAUGAAGUAA